GGUCGCUGUUCUGAGCGUCAGCUCUUCCUCUCUUUCGAUUUUGGGGUUAAAAUGGAGAAACACUGCACGGACUCACGAGUCAAAGGAGUCAGCACUGGGACCACCAUCCUGGCGGCCGUUUUUGAUGGCGGGGUUGUGAUUGGUUCAGACUCCAGAGCUUCAGUGGGAGAGGAGUAUGUAUCGUCUAAGACCAUCAACAAGGUGAUUCAGGUUCACGACCGGAUCUUCUGCUGCAUAGCUGGUUCACUUGCAGAUGCUCAGGCCAUCACCAAGGCUGCAAAGUUCCACCUGUCCUUCCACAGUGUCCAGAUGGAGAGCCCUCCACGGGUGAUGGCAGCAGCAUCUGUGUUGAAGGAUUUGUGCUACAAAAACAGGGAGGAGCUGCAGGCCGGCUUCAUGACAGCAGGCUGGGACAAGAAGAACGGACCACAGGUGUACGUUGUGGCUCUUGGCGGGAUGUUGAUUAACCAGCUUGUUACCAUCGCCGGCUCAGGCAGCACUUAUAUCUAUGGCUACAUUGACGCUAAAUACAAACCCAACAUGACGAAAGAGGAAUGCCUGCAGUUUGCCACUAACGUGGACUUGUAUUACCUGUUUUGUCUGUUUAGGAUGUAACAAGUUAAACACUCAACUGAAGUCAGACUCCUGAAAAACAAGUUAUUUUCUACUCAGUGAAGACGUGAAAAUCUAGAAGCACUGCUGUAAAAACAACUGUUUAAUCUUUAUUACAAAAUUGCAAGCAGAGUCAGAGAUACUUAUACAGAAAUUAACUUUCCACCCUUUUAUGUGACCAAACAUCAAGUUUUUGUGGGGGUGGGGGGGUUUCCAUGUCAAAAAAAAAAAAAGAAUAAAAUAUUUGCAUUUCCA